CACAGAGGCACACGUGGAGCCAGAGGACCUGCUCUUUACACUGCAGCCAGCAAGGACGGAUUUAGCCUUUUUAACAACUACAACCGCCUAUGAGAGAGGGAGGGGGAGAGGGAGAGAAGAGAAAGAAGACAGAGUGUGGACUUCUGUUGCCUUGUGAGAUAUGGACCCAGAAGAAGAGAGUUUGUGGUGUGAUGGAAAAGUAGAUUUUUAUGAAUUAGAUUUUCAAUUUUAGAUUAAGAUCUUUCAUCUUUUUAACAACUACUGCUGCCCAUGAGAGAGGGAGAGACAGAAGAGGGAAAGAAAGGAGAGAGUGGACUUCUGUUCCUUUUUGAGAUAUGGACUCAGAAAUACAAGUUGUGGUGCAAUGGACAAGCUGAUUUUUUAUGAAUUAGAUAUUCAGUUUUAGGUUAAGAUCUUGUCAUCUUUUUAACAACUGCAACCUAUGAGAGAGGGAGACAGAGAGAGGAGAAAAGAAAGAAGACAGAGAGUGGACUUCUGUUUCAUUUUAAGAUAUGAACUCAGAAGUAGGACUUAUGGUGCAAUGGAAACAUGCUGAUUUUUGUGAAUUAAAUGUUCAAUUUUAGGUUAUGAUCUUGUCACUUUUUCGAAGAGAGCGAGACAGAAGAAAGAAAAGACAGAACUUUGAGCUUUUGUACCAUUUUGAGAGAUGAACUCAACAUGCUGGUGGUGCAAUGGAAAUUAGACUGUUUUCAAAUUUAGGUUUGGAUCUGGCCACUUUUUGACAACCGCUGCCGCUUUUUGGAGAAAGAAAGAAAGAACGAAAGAAAGAACGAAAGAAAGGAAAGAAGAAAAAAAAGAAAGAAUUUUGUACCAUUUUGACUUGACUCACAAGAAGAAAUUGUGGUGCAAUGGACAUUUAGAUUUUCAAAAAUUUUAAGAUUUUCAAAUUGAUUUUUUUUUUUCUCAUGGAGAGAAGAAGGGGAAAACAUUUGAAACAUUUGACUUUGAGAUAUGGACAGAGGAUACUAACAGAAUUCUCUAGUGUUAGUGCAUUGGAAGAAACCCUUUUAUUUAUUUUUUUAAUAUAUUUGAACUUCUAGUAGCUACGAGACAGAGACUAAAGACUUCAAGAUCAUUUUCAGAUAUGGACUGAAUUUGUGAGAAGAAAAUACAGUUUUUAACAUUUUUGUGGUGAAAUGGAAAGUAACAUUGAUUGAAUUAGAGGAGUCAACCAUCUGGAUGCUAUAUUUUCACCAUAGCAAUAUAUAGAAACUGGACACAGUACUUGCAGAGGCCUGAUUUGAACUGUAAGAAUAUCCCUUAACUGUGACAUAUCCAACUUUUGUAUUGUCUGGGAUCUUCUGUCUUCUUUCAAUAUCCAAAUUGCCUUUCAAAUUGCUUCAUAAUUUGUCCAGCGAGAAUGGAACAGAGCUACAAUUUUGUGAGAGAGAUGUCCAGAUUUAGGUAGAGAGGCUGGACUCGAGGGAGGAGGGACAGAGAGGAGCAGAGAGGAGCAGAGGAGAGCAGAGCCAGCCCCUUCUCCUCGUGUUUGGGGGUGGUCUUUAGGGGCUUUGUAUGCAGAACAUCACCGGACACCAACCCAAGAGGAGAUGUCAUUUGUUUUACAGUGCGUCUGUGAGCGUCUGGGGUGAAACUAGAGCUACCUCUGCUCCAUCUGGUCAUGCAUCUGGACUUUACCAACCCCCUUUGAAGGCGCUUGUAUUCCCGCUAAUUUUAUUUAUUAUUUUUUUGUUUUUCCAACUUGAAGAAAAUCUAAAUGAUGUGGACUUUAACGGAUUCAACUUUAUUUUUUUGGACCGAUGAAGAGCUGAAUGAGUGAGAAAGUUAGCCGGUUGGCGUUGAGUGAGUGGCCAUGCGGAGCUAGGCAGACCCACGCGCCCUGAUGCCCGUUGCUAUGCUACCGUGCCCUCAGCCCGCCGUCCGGUCCGACUGGAGGUUUCAGAACGCGGUGGGGGUAGACUGUAGUGCCCCUGAACCACGCUGUAUCUGGGUGGCAGUGCUGCGCGGAGCCACUGGUACCACAGAGACGAGCAUGCCGAGCGGGCACAGUGCAUACCAGCCCUGGGGUAAGGGGCGGAGGGAUGGUCUCUCCUCGGGCAGUGAUAACCCUCGCCCGGUGCUGGGGUCCCGGGGCGGGCGAGACGGGGGCGUGGCCUGGAGGUGCCCGCGGACGCUGCUCCUCCAUAAAAACUCUCAGGGUUUUGGGUUCACGCUUCGCCACUUCAUCGUAUACCCCCCAGAGUCCGCCCUGCACAACAGCUUCACGGACGAGGAAAAUGGGAACGGUAAUGGAAAAGGGUACCAGAAGGGUCGCCUGGAGCCAAUGGACACCAUAUUUGUUAAAAACGUGAGAGAGAAGGGUCCCGCGCACCAGGCUGGCCUCUGCACAGGAGACCGUCUGGUGAAAGUGAAUGGGGAGAGUAUUCUUGGGAAGACGUACUCACAGGUGAUCGCUCUCAUUCAGAACAGCGAGAGCGUGUUGGAGCUUUCUAUUAUGCCCAAAGAUGAAGACGUCCUCCAGUUGGCGUACUCCCAGGAUGCCUACCUGACAGGCAACGAGCCGUACUCCGGGGGAGCGGAGCACCUCCCGCCCCCUCCUCCCCUCUCAUACUCUCGCACCAAGUCCCAGCCCCCUGCGGGGACGCCCUCCCCGGGAUCUAUGGGCCAGAACCAGCUGGAUAACUGGACUCGCUGGCCCGGCUCCUCAGGCCCUUCUUCACCUCUGGACAACCGCUCUGCAGUGGGCAGCCCCCCCAGCUGGCAGGAGGGGCGUCCCGGAGACCCCGGGGGCGUGGGUCACAGCAGUCCUGCCCACCGCACCGAGGAGAUCCAGUACGGCAUGACCAGUCAGCAGCCUCAGGGCCAGACCAGGGGUCGGUCCUUCUCCUCUUCCUCAUCCUCCGGACCUCUGUCCAGCCCUCUGCAGGUGCACUAUCCCAACCACAGCUCCUCUUCUCAACCCCGAAAGUCCAAUUCCGCCUGGACCAGCCCCCCCCAGGCCCACCCCCGCUGUGAGCGCACCCAGCAGGCCCUCUCAGACUGGUACUACAGCCAGCGGCCUGAGCGCUCCGGCCGCAGCACACAGAGACAGCGCAGCUACUCUCAGGACCGGCUCAGUGAGUACAAGAGGCAGCAGCGGUCUGGAGGCUGGCCCCACAGCGCCUCCCAGGACACACUCUUCCUCCUGCAGCAGUCUGGACCAGGGCCUCAGGGGGAGCCCUACUGGACCUAUGGGGAGUAUGAGUCAGGACCAGGACGGGGCCAUACCUCCAACUACACACGGACACGCUCCGAGAACCUGCUGGCUCAGUACGACCACAGGGGGCGCUCUAUGGAGAUGCUGGACCGAACCACCGUCUCCCCUCGUUUUGAGAGGUGGAACCAGCCCCCUCAACCUCCCCCCAGGAACGACCUGUACCCCCGACAGACCGGACAUUAUGUACCCCCCCAGGCUCCUGCUGCCUCCAGACAUCCUCAUCCCAAACACUCCACUUCCCCACAUACUCAGCCCCCCCAGCAGCAGGCCGUGCCCCAGAGCCGCCGCCUGCCCCACGCACAGAGCAUGGACGACCAGCCCGUGGGUUACCGCAGCUACAGCCCCUCCUUUUACCGAAAGACCGGGCGCAUCAUGCAGGCACACUCCUUCAGGGACCCCUCAUACUCUGGCCCACACUUGAACUGGAACCCAACCAGCCCCCCCGAGACCACCCCUGCCCCCCUGGUGUCGUCAACCUCCUCCCCGCUCUCCUCAAGUGCUUCUGAGUCCCAGGACCGCUCAUAUCGGCCCACCAACCACGAGAGGGAGCGAGGGACGGCGGAGGAGGUGACGGCCCAAACCCAGGAGGUGGUCCUGAGACAGAAGCCCCCGACAGGACGCAGAAACGCUCAGUGCAUGAGACAAGCCCACUACGCUCUGCCCAUAGAUGGACUCGAACCCUCGCUCUUCUCCCCAGACCAGGACCCUGGGGCAUCAGGAGAAGAGGGGGCCCACGGAAAACCCAACGGCAGCCUGGCCCCCCUACCCAUCGAGGACGACUCCCUGGCCUCUAUACCAUUCAUAGAUGAACCGACCAGUCCGAGUGCAGACCUGCGGGCGCGGCAUGUCCCAGCUUCUUCAGUGGUCUCCAGCGGCAUGUCUUCAGCGCCCCCUGUGGUCACCAGCCCCGCCUCCCCCACCUUCACCUUCCCCCUCACUAGGCUCUUCUCACAGGACUGCACAAUAACAACAGAGCGCUCCAAGUCAUGUGAUGAAGGACUCAACACCUUCAGGGACGAGGGACGCGUGUUUUCCAGGAGGCUACCAAAGAGAGUAAAGAGCUUCUUCACAGAUGGGUCUUUGGAUAAUCUGGGGUCAGCAGAGGAAGUUCGGUCCAAGCGCCAUUCGACCUCAGAGCUGGGGAACAUCACGUACAGUGACGUGCGGAGAGAGGGAUGGCUCCACUACAAACAGAUCCUCACAGAAAAGGGCAAGAAGGUUGGCAGCGGCAUGCGUCCAUGGAAACGAGUCUUCUCCGUGCUCCGGUCCCAUUCGCUGUUUCUGUACAAAGACAAGAGGGAGGCGGUGCUACGAGGGGCUACGGUCGGGGGCGGGGCAGAGGAAGAUCAGCCAGUCAGCAUCCGCGGCUGCCUGGUGGAUAUCGCGUACAGUGAAACCAAACGGAAAAACGCCCUGAGACUCACCACCCAGGACUUCUGCGAGUACCUGCUCCAGGCCGAGGACCGUGAUGACAUGUUGGACUGGAUCAAGGUCAUAAGAGAAAACAGCAAAACGGACAAUGAGGAGCUUGGCUUUUCCAGACAGGCCUUAAUCAGCAAGAAACUGAAUGACUACAGAAAGCAGAUUCCGACCAGUGGUAAACCAGACUCCUCUCCACGUUUGCACCGCUUGCCAAAUUUCCUCUCAGCCAAAACUGAAACCGCUGCCAGUGCCCCACGCUCACCCAAACCAGAAGGCAAAGAGGAGAGCAGCCCGCCCAAAUCUCCUUGGGGAAUCAACAUCAUCAAAAAAUCAAAGAAGGCUGGGCCUAAAGCUUUUGGAGUGAGGUUAGAGGACUGUCAGCCCGGUGCCAACAACAAGUUCAUCCCGAUGAUAGUGGAGAUCUGCUGUGGUCUGGUGGAGGAGAUGGGGCUGGAGUACACUGGGAUUUACAGAGUCCCCGGGAACAAUGCAAUGGUGUCUCUGCUCCAGGACCAGCUCAACAAAGGAGUGGACAUCAACCCCACAGAGGAGAAAUGGCAGGACCUCAAUGUCGUCAGCAGUUUACUCAAGUCCUUCUUUAGAAAACUCCCAGAGCCUCUCUUCACCAACGAUCAUUACAACGAUUUCAUAGAUGCCAAUCGGAUGGACAGUGCAUCAGACCGACUCAAAACUAUGAAGAAACUAAUACGAGACCUCCCUGAUCACUAUUACCACACAUUGAAGUUCCUGGUUACGCACUUGAAGACAGUAGCAGACCAUUCAGAUAAGAAUAAGAUGGAGCCUCGAAACCUGGCUCUGGUCUUUGGUCCCACUUUAGUCCGAACCUCUGAAGAUAAUAUGAAAGACAUGGUGACGCACAUGCCAGACCGCUACAAGAUUGUUGAGACCCUCAUACAACAUUGCUUAUGGUUUUUCGAUGAAGAGAAUGACAAGGAUGAAAAGACCCCAGUGGACACAGAGGACGUGCAGCCCGCUCCAAAUAUCGACCACCUGCUUUCCAAUAUCGGCCGCACAGGGCUGCUCGGGGAGGCCUCAGACUCAACCAACAGUGACUCAGCGAAAUCAAAGGGGUCAUGGGGGUCAAAGAAGGACCUCACCACCAGCCUGACCCUGUCCAUCAUGUCCGCCGUCACGGGCCGCAAACGCCGCAAACGCCACAACGGGCGGCGAGUGGGCAGCAGCACCGACGACGACUCCGAACACGAGCCAAUCAGAGCGGGACAUGUGGGGACAGAGGAAGAGGAGGAGGAAGGAGAAGACGACGGAGAAUCGCCAACAACUGACGUAGCUCCUUGUGCCGAAGAGGAAAUCGAUGAGGAUGACGAUGAUGUCGGGGAGGAAGAGGAAGCGGUUGGGAAAUCCGAAGACAAGGAGGCGGGGCUUGUGAAGGAGGAAGUAGAGGGAGGAGAGAGGCACGAGGAGGCAGACACGCAAGUUAAAGAGACUCAUUGGCGAGCUAUAGACGACGCACGCUCUAUUGUUUCGGGGUACUCCACUCUGUCGACUCUGGGGCGGAGUUUAGGCUCGGAGGGGCGGGGCGAAGAUGCAGACGAUGAGCACAGCGAACUGGUCAGCGAAACGGACAAUGAAAGCGGGUUUGCGUCGCGUUCACUUACCCAAGAAAGACCGGAGAAAAAGCAAAACGACCAAACUAAUCCUCAAACACCUACCGCACCACGUAGCUUUCUAUAUACGCAAUACAAGCAGCCUGCUGUGGCAUCUACGAAUCUUCUUGCCCCAACUACGCCUGAUUUGGGAGAGAGGAGCGAAGGAGGAGCGCGGUCAACUACACCGUCUUCUUCAUCAUUUUCUUCUUCUUCUACAGCGCACAAACUGCAUUCCAGGCCUUCUUUUAACUCCCAUAAACUCAUACAAUGUGAUACUUUGGCUCGCAAGAAGCUAAAAUCAGAGAAAGUCAAAGCCAAGUCCUUAGAUUUAAUAGAGUUACCAGGAAGUGACAGCUCAGAAGGUAGAGGGAGACGAGAUGCAUCAAGAACUAAUCCAUCUUCAGCAAGUAGCCAGGAAAGUUUACGGUUAGCAAGGUCUAAACCAGCCGUAGCCCCCGUGGAAGCCACUUCGUUCACUCCGAAAGGUCCAAACGGAGGAAGAUCUUUAGCCGAACAAGUACGCGCUCGCCUGAUGGGAUCCGCCGAUGAUCUCCGCAGCGUGGGGAUGAGGAAACCGUUGUCUCCGGAAACGCGUCGCAAGAGGAGGGCGUGGAGAAGACAUACUGUAGUGGCAUCUCCAACUGAAAAUCCAGACCGAAGACCCCCGCUAAUGGUGAAUGAUUUUCCCCUUUCUCCUACAAGUUCAAACCAGGUCAAAACACAGAGGCUGACGCAGGAUACAGACGCAGGAGGGCAGGGGGCGAGGCAGACUCCGCCCUCAAGGUUUCACCAGUAUCUGUGAGAGGGGUUUGGGAAGGUCCUGCUCUGUGACUUUAAAGCUGGUCUUGCAGGUCUGUAGGUUGCUGUUAUGACAAAAUCUGCCCUCCUGUUGAAACUUGACAUGAUAAUAAUAAUAUAAUAAUAAUAAUAGUAAUAGAUUUUAUUUAUGUAAGACACUCUGUAAGACUCUUUAUAGAACACAUAUUAAAACAGCCAAAAGAACUAUAGACACAUAACACAGGAAAUAUAAAAACAGUGAAUCAUAUUGAGAAGAGUUAAACAUUAAAAGCUAUUGGGUCUUGAAGAGAGCAUACGACAAAGUAUAUAAAAAACACAAAAUCAAAGUAGAAUAUGUCACUAUUUAGCUACAGAUAAAUCCCUGCUCAACUAAAAUGCAGAAAAGGCUGGUGAGGGUUUUUAAAAAAUAUAACAGUGUUUCAGUUUUGUCCAAAAAUCCUCUAUUCAGUAAAUAUCUGGAUUUCAAAUUACCAUCUUUGUCUUACAAGGCUGAAUUUUAACAACACUAAUCCCAGGCUAAACUACGGAUGAAACAAAUAUUUAGCAAUUUGAAAGAUUUUGUAUUAUUAAAACAAGCAGUUCUUAAGACACAUUUAAAGUUUAUGGCUUUUCUUCCUUUAGAAAUAGUACAGUGAUUAUCAAACUUUUAUCACCAAUUACCAACACAAGGAACUAUUUUAACUCCAGUCUAAAGUUUAAAUGUUGUAAAUUUCUUUAUCUUUGAUUAACUGAUAACUGUUUUUACUUUCUGGGAGCGGUGUGUUCAAAAGCCUUUUUGGCUCCAACCACUCCCAAGCACAAGAAAACUAUUGUUCAUUAUACAAUACAAAAACAUUUUUAUCAUUUGGCUGUCAAACCUGUUUAAUGAACUUUUUAACAUAAGUGCUAAAUAAAUUAAUAUAAAAGUCUAAAUUAGGUGUAAAUUACAGCUACAGCAUGAAAAAAUCAAAUGAAUUUUGGCGGGUCCAGGACAAGAAGUCUAAAAUGGGCCCCCCUCUAAUAUAAAUUAUUAGGAAGAAGGUCCAAUUCUAGGCCUUUAAGAUCCUGGGGCCCGGGACCAUAGACCCCUUUAUCCCCCUCUGUUGACGCCCCUGAUUCUAAGACAGAAAUUACUCAAAGGUGACAAAAAUCCAAACAUGAUUUAAAUCAAAACUAAAUGAAACAAACCCUGUAGAACUGUACCAACACAAGCAGCCCGUAUACUCCAUCCACCAGUACUACAGAUUGAGAAACACUAACAUAGCACAUUUUAUAAUAUGUAGCUACAUAUUAACAUAAGCAUGAAGUUUAUAUGUUUGCCCUACUUGAUUGAACAGGGGGGCAGAACUUGGCAUAACACCAGCAGAUUGUGGUCAGUGUCAACUCAUUUGUAACUCAUCUUAGCACAGUUCAAUUUCUUUGUUUUUGUUUUGUUUGAAACCCUGUUUGCAUUGUCCAUGGGGCGUUUCAGUGUUGCCAAAGCUUUAUUUCCCAAUGCGUGCGCUUUUUAAUACGGACUUUGUUACAAUGACUUUUUAACAGCCAAGAAGACUUCAUUUGUGAGUUUGGAUCAGCGCAUGUUCAUUUUUGUAUCAUUUAUUCUUAUCAAGUGACAAGACAAGAGGCAAGAACUGGCCUGUUUGCUGUUGCUUGGGUCUAUCUAUGGUGCUUCUAUACAACGCAGUUCAAAGAUAGAGAAUCCGAAAGAGCCAAAAGAGACUAUGACAAGCUACAAAACCAGUGGAUUUUAAUGCAUUUCAAUAGGGAAUUCAGCUUUUGGGGCCAGAACUGAACUUUUCCUAUUGAUCUUCCUGUAUUACACCUAACGGACCACUGUUACUACAUUACUACAUUACAACUUACUGUGUGUUAAUAAUGUGUAUGUGCUAUAAAAUAUGUGUGUCACAUUUUGUAACAUUUGUACAAAGCCUUGUUAAGUUAACCUUGUAAAUAGAAAUAAUAUGUAAUUUUUUGUUUUUACUUUUUUUAGUUUGUUUUCUAUGGUUUACAAAAGUGCGUACACGUGCACAGUCAUUUCUUUCAAGGUGUUACUUGAAAUGUUUCCUUUAAUAUAUUAUUAUUUAUUAUUAUUAUUAUGUUGAUUUUAUAUUCAAUCUAUAUAAAUAUUAUAUAUUUUGUAUUAAAGUAAAAAAAAUAUUGUGAUAACCUGCAAGGAAACACAACCAACCUUAUUCCUAUAGAUGGCCUUUCGUUUUGAACACUGUGCCGAUCAUUUUAACGUGCACAGUUUGGUGAGUAGUCUUUACAUGUAGCAAAUCAGGCAAAUGAGGAGUCCCAUUCUAAGGCAGCUUCACCCCUCGUCAUUUGUGGGGUCACUUUAAAAAAAAUCUACAGACAUUUACAUCUUUACAAUGCACUGGAGAAAUGUGCAGUACUGUGCAGAAUAUUAGGCAGGUUUCUAAGGGCUUUAGAAUGAUGAAAUGAAUGAAUAAUAAUGAGGACUGCUGCCAUACUAAUUGGCAAUUUAAAACACAAUAUUAUAUUGCUUAAAUGGGGAAAAGUCCUCAAAAUAUCAUCUAUAACAAAACGCUAGAACUGAAUAAAAUGGCUACAAAUGAUUAACAUCUAAAAUCACUUGGUGAGCCUCUGCCAAGAAUAUCGCAAUGGUUAAGAAACUUUAAUCUAAAUAAAGAUAACGCUUUUUACAGGCAAGCAAUUUUGUUUUUUUGAUGAGAUCAAAUUAAAAUCAAAUGAAUAUUGACUUAAAUCUGUGUAAGAUUUGUGAUACAUACAACAACAAAAUCAUAUUGUUCCUUCACUAAUUUAAGCUUUUCAGGCCUUAUUACAAAAUUACAUAAACCACAACAAAUAUGUAUUAAAGCACUUCUAUUGAAAUAUUGUAUAGUUUGGAUAAUUUCAGCUCUGAAAUUACCAGUCUCUUCUGAACUAAAGCUAAAAGGUAGCUGCUUGAACUCAAAAACUACCACUACAUGACAUCACAAGGUGGAACAGAGCAUUUUGAACUUUGGAAAUAGAUAGACUAAUAAGUGCAGGAUUACUCAAACAAAACAACAACAACAAAACUCAACUCCAGGUAUGUUUUUGAGAAGGUAACAACAUAAGAACAUGUAUAAAACCUCACAAGAGUAGAUUUUGCAUAAGAUAGGACCAGACUUAAGACUUUGCACAGUAUUGUAUGUGUCUUCACUGCCAAAACAUUGAUCAACCAAAUUAGAGCAAUUUCCCAACACUAUAAUAGUCUAGGGCAUACAAGUCUAUAGCUCCUCCCAUCUGUCGCAAACAACUUGUUUUCUACACCUCUCCCUCUGUGGGCCUGAAUCUGUCAACACUCUUAUCACCAAGAGGCUUUACUAUUAAAUAUUUUCCAUAGGGUCAGGAUCUUAAUAAAUCCUUGCCAACUUGGGACUAUAUGGUACACUAGCUGCAGUUAAAGCAACAAAUAGAACAGCAAGAUGUCUCAGAUUAUUUUUUUUUACAUCUCUCACUUUGACUGUGGAACCAAAUUAACACCACAAAAACACUGACAGGAGGGGCAAAGGUUCGAAAGUCAAGAGAAAUUUGUUUUCCUUGCAUGACUUCUUCUGUGAUUCUGUUACAGUAAAAUGGAUAAGUUAUGUCUUACCUCAAGAUUUUUCUCUAAAGUGCCUGAUUUCUGAAUGUUUUGCCCUCAGUGCCAUGGUCAGUUCUCAUUGGGGUGUUUCUGUGUUUAAAGGCGCAUUCUGUAACUUUUCUGGUGGAGGGGUCCUGGUGGAUAUGUGAUUGCCUGAAAUUUUCCACAGCAUGACAUUAAACAGCUCUACCUUACAUUUAUUAAUUACAUGUGGUUUUAUAGCUCAAAAAUACUUAGAAAAACAGGCAUUUUGACUGGGAGCGGGGUUGCCUCUCCAUAGAUCUGACCUGUAACUUGGUCUGGUUUGAGCUUCGUGAAGAUUAAAACUGUGAAAUAUUCCAGACAAAGCAAUGGUGAAAAGCAUUUGAUGGACCCUCCACCAGAAAAGUUACACAAUGCACCUUUAAAUGGGGUCCAACGAUAAGUUAUUUUUUUUUUAAAUAGUAUAUUAUCUGUAAACAUUAUUUUCAUUCUUGGGUCUAUAAAAGUAACUAAAUUUGUGCCACCUUGCUUGUGUGGUUUACAUCAGAUGCCCUCCCAAAAGCAUUCAUUCAUCUUUGGAAUUUUAAAACUGAAAAAGAAACUGGCCAUUUAAAUAAAGCAAAACGUACAACCAUUUUAUCUUAAAGGUGUGUUGUGCAACUUAUUUUUUUUGUCUGGAAUGUUUCACACUAUGGCUUUAAACCUUUCUAUCUUCAUGGAGACCAGACCAGACCAAGUUACGGUCACAGUCAGGAUACCUGUUUUUCUAGGUAUUUUUGAGCUAUAAAACUACCUGUAAUUGAAUAAAUGUAAAGUAGAGCUGUUUAAAGUCAUACUGUGGAACAUUCCAGAGAGUUGAAUGACACAGGUGACGGAUUAUCUCCCAACCAAAAAGUUACAUUGUGCACCUUCUGAGCACUUAGAAAAAAGGUUAAUAUAGUAACAAGUUAUUUCAAGUUUCACCAUUUGACCCUGUUACUUUUUAACACAGACUCACCCAUCUUAAAGUCUUAUUAUUGUAUUUCAUUCUCAGUUUCUGUUGUUAAAUAGUGCAUAGUCCAAAGACAUUGUACAUUUAAGUGUAUAUUAGAGGCUGUAAAAAGCACAUAUAUAGCCAAGGACAUGUCUAUGCACACUCUUCAUUAACAGCUUUUACCUUUCACUGCUUUUUCCUCUCUUUCUCUCUCCACCAGGUCGCCUCUUCUUGCCUAUAACAAAAUGGUACACGAUUCCAACCUUACUUUACAAACAGCAUUUAAUGACAACUUUAAACUGUCAACAAAACACCUCCGGAGUGAAUACGUUGUCUAAAAAGUGCUACAUUUUUAACUUUUGUACAUACUAUCUUAAUAUGUAACAUGGCGUAUUGUGUACAGUUUGAAUUGCAUUGGACUAAUAUUACCGGACCAUUUCGCUCUAUGACUGUGUGCUUUAAGGUAAUGUUAUAUGAUGUAAAUAAACAGAAGUAUGUUUAAGA